UGUCUGUAAAGUGUGUAUUCUGUACAGGGAGAGGGAGGAUGAUGGUGGAGGGGGAGGACCAGAGAGGGGGGCCAGCUGAGACCUCCAUACCCAGUGAGGGAGAGGGGUCUGGUGGACAGGAGGCCAUCCACAGGGAGGAGUCGGUUGUCGAGGGCAACUCAGAGACAGAACCGGAUGAGGGUUCACGGAAGCCAACCACAGGACCAGUGGUUGUCACGGGAAACCAGAAAAUUCCCGCCAUCGAGAAACUGCAACAGGUUCGCAAAUGGAGCAUCACUACCUAUAAGUGUACUAAGCAGGUUCUGUCAGAGAAGAUGGGUCGUGGAUCCCGUACGGUCGACCCGGAACUCGAGGCCCGCAUCGACAUUCUCCGUGAUGACCGCCGCCGUUAUGAUCACGUGACCUGCCUGGCCCAGACGCUUGCCACGCAGCUCGCCCAGGUCACGCUGACGCAAAGGACUCUGGGCGAUGCCUUCGCCGACCUCAGCCUCAAAACGCCGCCGCUACACGUGGAGUUUGGUCUGAACGGGGACACCCAGAGGUUCCUGUCUAAGAGCGGAGAGGUUCUGGUCUCGGCUAUGAACUCCUUCACCUCCGAUAUGAACACACUGGUUAACAAAACUAUAGAAGACACCAUGGUCAACGUCCAACACUACGAGACAGCCAGGGUAGAGUACGAUGCAUACCGUUGUGACCUGGAGGAGUUGAACCUGGGAGCACGAGACACCGCCACCCUCGUCAAACUUGAGCAGGCCCAGAGAACCUUCCAGAACCAGAGAGAGAAAUAUGAGAAGAGCCGAAACGACCUGUCAGUCAAACUCAAACUGCUAGAGGAGAAUAAGGUAAAGGUGCUCCACCAUCAUUUGGUAUUGUUCCAUGGUGCUGUAGCCUCCUACAACACCUCCAACCACCAGCACCUGGAGGCAAGCACCAAGCUACCCAUGCCCGGCACAGAGCCUCCUUCCUGGCUAGAGGAGAGCUAAUCACCCCAAUAA